AUGGUCGCGACCGAGGAAAACGUUUCCGCAAACAUGGAUGAGGCAACCGCCUUCAAAGAACGUGGUAAUGCAGAGUUUAAGGAGGAUUGUUGGGAGGCAGCGAUCAAGUGGUAUACUAAGGCGAUCAAUGCAGGCGAAAAGCACAAGGAUUUGGCCGUUUUCUACAAAAACCGGGCAGCUGCCUACCUUAAAAUGGAACAAUACGAAAGUGCCCACAAGGAUUGCACACGCUCACUGGAUGUUUGCCCGAACGAUCCGAAAGCUCUGUUCCGCCGCUUCCAGGCGUUCGAGGCACUGGAAAGAUUUGAGGAAGCGUACAAGGACCUACGCAUAAUCCAUUCGCACGAUCCUAAUAAUAAAACGAUCAAACCGCACCUAGAGCGUCUGCACGCAAUAGUACAGGAGCGGGCUAGACAACGUGCCCAGACCUCGAAUAAGGUAGCUAAAAUGUUUGAAAUCGCUUUCGAUAUCGGUGCUCCGAAGGACAAACGGGAACAGGCGAUGAGCAAUAUCGUCGUGCUUUCUCGUGAACAAGCCGGUGUUGAGGUCAUGGCAAAGGAAGGUGUCAUCACCCGUAUUGGUAAGCUGCUGAAGGUCGAAAAAAAUAACGAUAUUAUCACCAACGCUAUACGAGCCGUGGACGGGGUAUGUCUAAAGAGUCCGGAACGUACCAAACAGGUGAUCAGCGAGCUUGGUAUUCCAUGGUUCCUGCAAAUUCUGGACUGCAAUGUUGAGGAGCGCGUUGCAGCCUCGCAGCACUGUAUGCAAACGGUACUGAACUCGAUUUCGGGCAUGGAAAACAAGGAAGAUUCGAAGCCCAUCGACUCACUGGUGCAGGAAAACCAGCAGAUGAUUGAAACGCUGCUCACUUGUUUGCUGUACUCGGUGACUGAUCGUACCAUUUCUGGAAUGGCUCGUGAUUCUAUUAUGGAAUUGCUGAUUCGUAACGUCCAUUGGAAGACGCUAAAUUGGGCGGAACGGUUGGUUGAACUAAAAGGACUGAUGCGGCUUAUGGAGGUGUGUUCCGAGCUGGAGGAGUACAAAUAUGAGAGCGCGAUGUACAUAACGCCAUCCUCACGCACGAUCGCGACCGUGUGUCUGGCUCGAAUCUACGAAAACAUGUACUACGAUCAGGCCCGCGAACGGUUCACGGAACAAAUUGCCGAUUUCGUGAAGGAUAAGCUGCUAACGCCCGAUCACGAAUCGAAAGUGCGCGUCACGGUAGCAAUCACGUCGUUGUUACUGGGACCUCUUGAUGUUGGCAACACGAUCGUUUCACGCGAGGGUGUCCUGCAGAUGAUUCUCGUAAUGGCACAGUCAGAUAAUCUGCUGGAGCAAAAAGUGGCUUGUGAAUGUUUGAUUGCUGCAGCGUCGAAGAAGGAUAAAGCCAAGGGUUUGGUGCAAUCAGGAGCAGAAAUUUUGAAGAAAUUGUAUGCUUCCAAGAACGAAGAAAUCCGCGUGCGAGCCUUGGUUGGUCUGUGUAAGAUUGGUAGUUCCGGAGGAUUAGAUGCGUCGAUUCGUCCAUUCGCGGAUGGAUCGACGACGAAGCUAGCCGAAGCCUGUCGCCGGUUUCUAGUGAAACCCGGUAAGGACAAGGAUAUCCGCAAGUUCGCAGCCGAAGGUCUCGCGUAUCUUACACUCGAUGCGGAAGUCAAAGAAAAGCUAGUUGAAGACCGUGCUGCCAUCAAGGGCCUGAUUGAACUAGCUAAGACCGGUGAUCAGUCGGCACUUUACGGUGUCGUUACAACGUUGGUGAAUCUGGUGAAUGCGUACGACAAGCAAGAGAUGGUACCAGAGUUGAUAGAACUUGCCAAGUUUGCCAAACACCAUAUCCCGGAGGAGCACGAGCUGGACGAUCCGGAUUUCGUGAGCGCACGUAUCAUCAUACUGGUCAACGAAGGCGUCACAUCCGGCUUGGUGGCGUUAUGCAAAACAGAGAGCGAUAAUUCCAAGGAAAUGAUUGCCCGUGUGUUCAAUGCACUUUGCAGUGAACAGGAAGCACGUGGUAAGGUGGUACAACAGGGUGGAACGAAGGUGUUGCUUCCACUGUCGCUGAAAGGAACGGCCAAUGGCAAACGACAUGCUGCGCAGGCAUUGUCGCGUAUUGGAAUCACCAUCAACCCGGAAGUUGCUUUUCCAGGGCAGCGCAAUCUGGAGGUGAUCCGCCCGUUGAUGGCCCAGCUUCAUCCCGAUUACACUUCGCUGGAAAACUUCGAAGCGCUGAUGGCGCUAUGCAAUCUGGCCUCGAUGAAUGAGUCCACUCGGCAGCGUAUUCUAAAGGAGCAGGGUAUGGUGAAGAUUGAAUCCUACAUGGGAGAAGAUCACGAUAUGCUGCGCCGUGCCGCUACGCAGGUUAUGUGCAACAUGGUCCAAUCGCCGGAUGCGAUAGACCUCUGUGAAAAACAAAACGAUCGCGUUAAAAUGUUGGCACUGCUGUGCGAAGAAGAAGACGAGGACACAGCGCUGGCAGCUUCCGGGGCGCUUGCCUACUUGACGGCGGUUUCCGAGAAGUGUUGUGAGAAAAUGUUUGAGCCAGCGGCGUGGCUGAACGUGUUUCACACAUUGGUUGCGAAUCCGAGCGCUGGUGUGCAACAUCGUGGCAUCGUGAUCAUUCGCAAUAUCAUCAAGGCGAACAAGCAGCUAGCCAGCAAGCUGUUCGAUACCGAUCUACUGCAGAUGCUGUAUGGCGUUACGCAGCUGAAUGAUGAGACGCGGGCGAAAGCCAUCGAAUGUGCGAAGGAGUGUUUGAAGUUGGCCGAAGAGAACCGACUGAUUGAAGAAAAUGCGGAUGCUGAUCUGGCACCGGAUGUUUUCAAACAACAGGAAGCCUCGAUCGAAGAGAUCGAUAAUUGAAGUUUCGUAGGAAAGUAGACCCGUAUAAGAAAGUGCAUUAAAACUAAGUACUGAAUAUGCUUUUAAAAUUCUUAUUUUGACUGUUUGUGACUGUUUGAAACAGUCGCGUUGUCAUUAAUAUGAUCCCGUUACGAGAAGAGCUAGUACUUAACAAAGAUUGUAGGUCGCUACGUUACAAAUGAUUGUAACUAACCAUUUAAAUCGUCGAGUCGGUUAUCUCUCAGCUUGUAUGCUCUACUGUUACGUUUGUGUACAAGUCUCGUGAAAUGAUAGAGGAUUUCAUUUUAUG